GCCUUAGAGAAACUGUGCCAGUUUGAGAGAAGAUAUGGCUAUGGCGGGAGGAGCUUCUCUGCAUUUAGUAAAGCCCAGAAUUCCAAUGGCUUGCGCCACAGAAACCGUACAACUUCCGGACAAGACCCGGAACUCGAAGGUCUUGGUACUUGGGGGAACGGGUCGGGUCGGGGGAUCCACCGCCACUGCCCUCUCUAAGCUCUGCCCCGACCUUCGCAUUCUCGUCGGCGGUCGAAACAGGGAGAAGGGAGCUGCUAUGGUGGCCACUCUUGGUGGGAACUCAGAGUUUGCUGAAGUUGAUAUUGACAAUGUUAAUUCAUUGGAAGCAGCUCUUAAUGAUGUGGAUCUUGUUGUACAUGCCGCUGGGCCAUUUCAACAAACACAUAAGUGUUCUGUGUUAGAAGCUGCCAUAAACACCAAGACAGCCUAUUUAGACAUUUGUGAUGAUACGUCUUACUCCCAACGAGCUAAAACCUUCAAGGACAGAGCUGUUGCUGCAAACGUGCCAGCUAUUACAACCGGUGGAAUUUAUCCUGGAGUGAGCAAUGUAAUGGCAGCAGAACUAGUUCGUCUAGCAAGAAGUGAAAACAAAGUAGAACCAGAAAGACUAAGAUUCUACUAUUACACAGCCGGUACUGGUGGGGCUGGUCCGACCAUAUUGGCCACUAGCUUUUUGCUACUUGGAGAGGAGGUUGUUGCUUAUAAUAAAGGAGAAGAGAUCAAACUAAAGCCAUAUACUGGAAUGCUCAACAUUGAUUUUGGAAGGGGCAUUGGAAAGAGAGACGUUUAUCUGUUGAAUCUGCCUGAGGUUAGAAGUGCUCAUGAAAUCCUAGGAAUACCGACUGUCAGUGCUCGAUUUGGAACUGCACCAUUCUUUUGGAAUUGGGGGAUGGAAGCCAUGACAAGUCUUCUUCCUAUGGAAUAUUUUAGAGACAAAAGCAAAGUUCAACAGUUGGUUCAACUUUUCGAUCCCAUAGUUCGAGCUCUUGAUGGGAUUGCUGGAGAGCGAGUCUCAAUGAGAGUUGAUUUGGAGUUUCCUAAUGGGCGCAAUACGGUUGGAUUAUUCAGUCACAAAAGACUCUCUGUAUCAGUCGGAUUUGCAACGGCUGCAUUUGCUCUUGCUGUUCUUGAGGGAAGCACAAAGCCGGGGGUCUGGUUUCCAGAAGAGCCUGAAGGAAUUGCUGUGGAGGCAAGAGAAGUUCUUCUCAAACGUGCUGCUCAAGGAACAUUCAAUUUUGUUAUGAACAAACCAGCUUGGAUGGUGGAAACAAAUCCAAAGGAGCUUGGAUUAGGCAUAUACGUAUAAUAUUCUGAAAAAAAGACUAGUCAUUGUCAGUUCCUUCUCCAGCUCAUCCAACACCAUUUUCCAUGGUGAUGGAAAUCAGAAACUUUUUUUGAGAGGCUUCCCCAUUUUACGUAAAUCCCAAUUGUUAGGAGAGAAAAAAAAAUGUCCUUUUGCAAAGAUAACAUAUUGCCAAUAUGACUUGGAAGAUGGUUAUAAACAUAUAUAGGUAAUUUACUUCAAGAAAUGUAUUUCUAAGGUAACAAAACUUGAAUGAAAAUCAAAUAAGAAUCUUUCAAUCUUUCCUUUGAA